AUGGGCUUCUGGAACGACGGUAUCCGCGACCGCAGCCGGAGCCGGAGUCGCAGCCCAUCCCGAAAGACAAACUACUAUGCCUCCCGCCCAUCAUAUUCUCGCAGCGCAUCCUCCUUCUUCUCCUUGGGCGGGGGCGGCGGUCCUUCGUCUCGAGGCCACGCCCGCCCUCGUCCACGCUCCGGCUUCGUCAACCGUGUUCGUCGCUUCCUGCGCGAGAUAUACUCCUACAUGCGCCGUCAUCCCGUCAAGGUCUUCUUGCUGGUCAUCAUGCCCUUGAUCACCGGCGGCGCGUUGACCAAGCUUCUUGCCCGCUUUGGUGUCAGACUGCCUCGCGCGUUGGAGAAUAUGGUAGGAGGAGGAAGGGGAGGUGGCGGCGGGUUUCGUCAGCAAAGUGAGAGAUACUAUGCGCGUGGUGGAGCUCGCGAUUUCGCCGGCGGCAGUGCGAUGCCCGGCAUGGCCGGCGGCGUGGGCGAGAGUAUUUCAUCCUUGGUGGGCAUUGCGCAGAGGUUCAUGUGA